UUUACCUAGUAAACAAAACCUUCAAUCCAGUUUAUGUUGUUCAUGUUAUAUAAAAACGUUGAUUUGCUACACCUAUAAUAGGUGUCUGCAUUUAUGAGAUAGUGUGUGUCUUAAGUUCAAUCGAAUUGGCAAUAGUAUCAGUGUCACAUCUUCCAUGUCUUUUGGCGAUUCGUCAUUCGUUCAAAGAUCGAUUGCUAGUCGGAAAAACAUCUUUGAGUGUCUAGUGUCUUGAUUACAUCUCAAUAAUAAUCAUAUUAAUAGUUACUAAUUAGGUGGAAUCUGUUCGAUGGUGAAUACAUAAUUUGCAGUCAUACUCACGAUCAUGAUUUUCGUACGGUGGAACCAAGAAAUAAGGCGAACACGGAAAUCUCCAUCUCAGUGCUAGCAUAAGACAUCGAGAGAAGAAGAAGAGUACAUAGGAGAGCCACUCCUGUUUUAUUGUGUCUGGUGAAUAUUGACGAUCUGAAGGCUGACUGAACAACUAAACACGAUUAGAACGAAGCGGUACAAAUUCAAAAUAUUUAGUGUUUUGUCAAAACAAACAAUUACAAUGAUGAAGAGUUUGUUUGGCAGAAAAUCUGCCAAGGAAAAUGAUCGGAACAAGAUAUCGGAGAUCGGAUUGCCAACGAAUGUCGUACAUGGAAUACAUGUUAGCAAGAAUAAACUCACAGGGGAUUUGGAAGGACUACCAAAAGCAUGGAUUCGACUCAUGGACGCAUCUAUUACCCACGAUGAGCAAAGUAAAAAUCCGGAGGCUGCCUACCAGGCAGUCAAAUUUUAUAAUUACUCCAUCAAAAAGAAAGAGCAGGCCGAACCUUUCAAGCCGUUCAUCACGGAGGAUGCUAUCCACGAAGAAACCGAGUCGAUUGAUCAGUUUCUUGAUAUGAAAAAUGCCCAUAAAAGCGAAGACUCGCUUGAAGCCAGCAGUGAAGAAAACUUUGCAGAUGUCACUCCUCCGCCGCCUCCGUUGCCUAAAAAAUCAAUGACGUUACCCCCGAAGCCACAGAUAAUGCCAAAACCCAAAAACUAUCCCAACAGUAAAUUAUACAAAGGGGUGCAAAAUUUGAGCCUGCUAGAAGGUGAUAAUAAUAAGGACACGAUUAUUAUUCACAGUAACAGUAGCUGUUUGGACAAUCACAAAAGUUCCUACGAUUUAAUAAAUAAAGCUGAUUUUGAAGGAGAAAACGAACUCAUAUUAAGGCCUAAGGAACAGAAUGCUCGAGUACCAAAAACAGACGAACAGGUAUACAAUGAGUUGAAACGGAUUUGUAACAUGAGCAAUCCGCUGGAACGGUACGAAAAAACCGUUGAAGUGGGUAAAGGUGCUUCUGGGGUGGUAUUUAUUGCCCUCGAUCGUCAGACGGAUCAAAAGGUUGCUAUUAAGACUAUAGACAUGAAAAAUCAGUCGUCCAAAGAGUCCAUCCUUAACGAAAUUAAUGUGCUGAAGGAUUUCAAUCAUAGGAAUUUAGUUAACUUCCUAGAGGCGUAUUAUCUUGAAAAUGAAGAUCAAUUGUGGGUCAUUUUAGAAUAUAUGGAUGGCGGUCCGCUGACGGACGUUGUAACAGAAACAGUCAUGAAAGAUCGUCAGAUAGCAGCUGUUUGUCGGGAAGUGCUGCAAGCAGUAAGCUUUCUCCAUUCGAAGGGGAUUAUCCACCGGGAUAUAAAAUCGGACAACGUGUUGCUCGGUAUGGACGGAUCGGUGAAGGUAACCGACUUUGGAUUCUGUGCCAACAUAGAAGGCGACGAAAAAAGACAGACAAUGGUAGGAACCCCGUAUUGGAUGGCGCCCGAGGUUGUAACCAGAAAGCAGUACGGAAAAAAGGUCGAUAUUUGGUCCCUUGGAAUCAUGGCUAUCGAAAUGAUCGAAGGACAGCCACCUUAUCUAAACCAAGCUCCACUGCGAGCUCUCUAUCUGAUUGCUGCCAACGGGAGACCGGACGUUAAAAGUUGGGACAAGUUAUCGGACAACUUGAAGGAUUUUCUCGAUUGCUGUUUACAGGUGGAGGUAGAUAACCGAGCCUCUGCCGAUGAAUUGCUUCAACAUCCUUUCCUGCAGGACUGCAUGGAGUUGCGAACACUGACACCUUUAAUUAAAGCAGCGAGGCGAUUAUUGAAACGAGACAAUUAGUUCAUUCAUGAUGACGUGCCGAUAUGGCUGUGAAAAUUAGUGCCUUAAAAUUCGAUACUGACGAGAAAAAAAGGGGAAACAGGCCGUGCAAAGCGAUGAUGAUUGAAGUGAUAAGGCUGCGGGACUACCUACCCGCUUUGAAGAUAAGAGUCUAGCGUAAAAAACGUGUAUCUAUGAAGCAGAUAGGAGUUUUUUUUUCGUUUUUUUGGAAUGCAAGUACAUUAUUUGUGUGCGGUAUAAAUUUUGAAACAAUAUGUAUGUAUAACGUGAAUGACAUUUUGUUUAAGUGCACAAAAAUGAUAUGUAAAAUAUGAGUUUUAUCAAGUCAGAUAGGAAUAUUCCUUCGAAUUCAUGCAAUCUAAUCAAUUCUGUUUUAAUGCUUGCCUGGUGGUGAUUUCCCAAUCAUUUUAUUUGUGCUAAUGAAACUAGCCAAUCGAAAACACAUUUUAAAUAUUGAAUAGAUCGUUAUCCUUUUGUAAUUUUAAGUGAAAAAGCGUGAAUCGUUUUAGAUGAAGCAGCUUCAGCUUCCCAAAGUCGGCAUACGGUUAUAGGAAUCCAACAAAAUAUAUAAAAUUAAUCUUCCAAUAACGUGGACCUGUUCGUCAUGUAUAUGCAUCGUUUUUUUGACAAUUUUCAUGUUUUUUUUUGUAUAUGUAAGAUCAGCUAUCAAUGAAUAAAAUGUUCAUUAAAUGACUAGAGUUUUGGAUCCCUGCAAUGAAAUGACAAUUUAUUGUAGAUUAACGAUAAAACAUGAUUCAAUUCGAUGGUAAAAUUUGAACAGUAUUAAACCUACAAAAAAAAUUCCGGCAAUUGCUGAAUGCGUUUCAUCAGGAUGAAUAUUUAUCACAAAGAAAACAAAACUACAUUAUGACAAACUCAAUAUGUCGCGCAUUAUCACCCUUCUGGAAAACUUAACCGCCCACGUCAAACAAAAUAUAUUUUCGUUAUAUUGGCUACGUCAAGAAUGAAAAUUUUUCGUUCUGUUAUUCAGUCUAGGCGGUAUUUUAACCGAAAUACUUUCAUAGUUGUCCAAUUUGAACCUUUUUUGUGGGUAGCGUCGUGGGUAAAGGCAAGCACAAGCUAAUUUUAAAUAUUUUCUUAAACAUGUUUGCAAUAUAUUAUACUGAACUGCGGAAAGACAAAACAAUAUUCAACGAACACAUCGAUCGUCAACGUAAUGCAAUGAACAUUUACGUGUGCGAGCCAUUAAUUUAUUCGGUACACUGUAUUAAACAAUACUAAUAAAUACUUAUAUAGACUCAGGAGUCAACUAGUGAUGUACUGAUUUUGAUACGAAAAUUAUUAGAACCCAUUUUUGGAAGUGUAUACAAUAGUAGAUAUUUCAAUGCGCAAAUUGAAAACUUUUAUAUGAAUUUACAGUGGACUAUUUUAAAGGAAAACUACAUAUUCACACGAAUGAAUGAAACCAGCCCUGCAAUAUAGGUAGUAUUGUAGCACACGAAGCAUUUAUCCAUUUUUCAUCUAGUGUAAUAGUUUUAAUGUGACAAAUAGUAUGAAUAAUCACGAAACUCCAAACUGAACAAUUCCAUAUUGUAUCACAAAUAUACAAAACGCUCUAGGAUUUUCUUUGAAAAACAAAUUAAAUUAAAUUGGACACAUUUUGUUCCUCCCAACUUCUGUACAUUUCGCCAUCGAGUCCUCAUAUAAUUCAAUCUCGGUCAUCAUCAGAAUCAUCCCACAGAUAAAAAACGAUAGAAUUAUUCCAGGACAAUAGAACACGUAUUAAUAAUUGUAAUCGUAUAAGAAUAAGUCUUAUUCGUUUAGAUGUUUAGUUGUUAUUUUUCGAUGUCGCAAUAAAAAUCAAGGCAAAUCCAUUAUAGCCGAAACGAA